UGUCCAUCGAUCCAGAUUUCGCAGACUUCCACAGAAUCAGAGACCCUCAACGAUGAACUGUCAAACCCAUCCGAAAAUCAAGUAGUAUCAGAUAUAACUACAGAAGAUUCCACCACAGCCCACAUACAUCUGCCCAAAGAAAAUACCAAAGCAAUUACGAACAAAAACAGCCACCAACAUCCUCAAAACACUAACACAAACAUCAUUAGCCUGCACGGCGAAGAGAAACACCGAAUAAUGACGAAUUAA